CGUGCGUGCGUGCGACGUGAGGCUGCGUGAGUGCCGAGCAGAUGAGCUCCUGUUUACGCGGCCAUGCGUGGAGGCGAUGAUGAACGGCGUCCGAUGCGGCGGGGCGGCCUUGGCGAGGGUGGCAUGUCCAGCGACUUCUACCUCCGCUAUUAUGUGGGGCACAAGGGCAAGUUCGGCCACGAGUUCCUGGAGUUUGAGUUCAGGCCGGACGGUAAACUCAGAUAUGCAAACAACAGCAAUUACAAAAACGAUGUUAUGAUUAGGAAAGAGGCAUAUGUCCAUAAAAGUGUGAUGGAAGAGCUAAAGCGAAUCAUAGAAGAUAGUGAAAUUACAAAGGAAGACGAUGCUUUGUGGCCUCCACCUGACAGAGUGGGGCGACAGGAACUCGAGAUUGUAAUAGGAGAUGAACAUAUUUCAUUCACAACAUCUAAGAUUGGCUCUUUAAUCGAUGUAAACCAAUCCAAGGAUCCAGAGGGUCUGCGAGUAUUCUACUACCUGGUCCAGGACUUAAAAUGUCUAGUUUUCAGUCUUAUUGGGCUGCACUUCAAGAUCAAGCCCAUCUAAGAGUUUGAUGAUCAGACAAGGAUGAUUGAUUUGGGGAUGGAUUAAAGUGGGUGGGGGGAAGAGCAGAUGUAGCGAUAACUGGCUUGGGGUGAGUCUUUGUUACAAUGGCUAACUUUGCCUAAUGUGGAUUUGGUGAUUUUUAUGUGAAUAUAAAACAAUUUCAUCUUUAUAAAAUUUCUUUUUAUAUUAAAAUAAACAUUGAUUACACUUGUGUUUAAUACUGGAUGUUCACUAUUUAAAAAAAUGUGCUGUAAACAAUAUUGCCAAUUAUAAAUUGUAUCUCUGAAAGGUGUACUUUUCUGUGGGAAGGAACUGCAGAUGCUGGUUUAUACCGAAGAUAGACACAAUGUGCUGGAGGUCAGGCAGCAUGUCUGGAGAAAAAAAGAUGGGUGACGUUUCAGGUUGAAACUCUUCAUUAGACUGCUGUUGCAGACUUUUGAAGAAGGAUUCCAACCCAAAACAUCAUCCUUCCCUUUUCUCCAGAGGUGCUCCCUGACCCGCUGAGUUACUCCAGCAUUUUGCGUCUAUCUUCCGUGUACUUCUCUGUUUAGUUACUCUUUUUUUCUCCC